GUCUCAAAAUGUCAUCUCUCUUUCCGUCGGACGCCAUUGUGUGUGUCGCACUGCAAAUUUGUAUUUUAAGGAAAUUUCACCAUGAGUGAAGUAGCUGAACCCCAGCAAUUCGAGACAUUCGAGGAGACUCCACCGGAGACACCCGUUGUGCAGACAGAGGAGCACACCGUGGUGGCACAGCCGGCUGAACUUCCGGACAUCAAAUUGUUCGGACGCUGGAGUUGCGACGAUGUCCAUGUGUCUGACAUGUCCCUCCAGGACUACAUUGCCGUGAAGGAAAAGUACGCACGGUAUUUGCCCCAUUCAGCUGGACGCUAUGCUGCUAAACGCUUCAGGAAAGCUCAGUGUCCAAUUGUCGAGCGUCUCACCAAUUCCCUGAUGAUGAAGGGGCGCAACAAUGGCAAGAAACUCAUGGCUGUGCGCAUUGUUAAGCACGCUUUUGAGAUCAUUCAUCUCCUAACCGGAGAGAAUCCCCUCCAGAUUCUCGUCACGGCCAUCAUCAACUGUGGGCCACGUGAAGAUUCCACCCGAAUUGGACGCGCCGGAACUGUGCGUCGUCAGGCUGUGGAUGUCUCUCCAUUGCGUCGUGUAAAUCAGGCUAUCUGGCUGCUCUGCACUGGAGCACGUGAGGCUGCUUUCCGGAACAUCAAAUCCAUUGCCGAAUGUUUGGCUGACGAGCUCAUCAACGCCGAGAAGGGUUCAUCCAACUCGUAUGCCAUCAAAAAGAAGGACGAACUGGAGCGUGUCGCCAAAUCAAACAGAUAAGAAAAUCACACUUACAACGGAUUUGUUGUAAUGUAAAAUGGAAGUUCGUGAAUAAAAAGAAAGCUCACAUUUCCAUA